CCGGGUGGGGCGGGGCCUGGCCGCGGGGCGGGGUCCCCCUGUGCGGGCCGAGGGGCCUGGCCGGGGAUUGGCCGGGUUUGGUUUGGGUCUGGGUCGGUGUCCUUGCUGCGCAGGGUCGGUGACGAGGGAUGUGGGCCUUGUUGGGGGUAGGGACCCUGUCCCGAGUGGAGGUGGGGACCCGCGGUGGGUCGGAAGCGUGGCGGAGUAGGGGGCGCAGGGCGGGUCCGGGUCCGGGAGGGUGAUGUGGCCCCGCCCGCCCGUCCCCGCCCCCCUCGCGGCGUCCCAGCCCCGUUGGAGCCGCCGCCCCAGCUUCCGCGCGCUGCGCCCAGCCGGACAGGGGCGCACGGACGCGCGGACGCCGGAACCCGGCCGGAGCAUGUGGAAGCUGGGACGCGGCCGGGUGCUUUUGGACGAGCUCCCAGAGGAGGAGGACGGUCUGGCUGGGGGUCCGCCGCCGUCCGCCGACGCACAGAACCAUGAAGUUUGUGAUCAAAAGAAGCAUGUCCCCAGGUCCUCCUCCCGACAGGGACUCGGCUCUCAAGCUGUCACCGGCAUUUCAGCUGUUUCUCCAUGUACGUGGCCGCACGUUCCCAGCUCCGUGUGUCCAUCAGUAAAUGCAGUCAGUCGGGUCCAUGUGCUCGGGGUGAGCGCUCAGGCCUCGUCUGUCCCCCAGGGAGCGGCCUCUGAGAAUACCGGUCAUCGGUCGGCCACGUCACAGGCUGUUCCCCCACUUACCGUGCAGGGAGCGAGUUUCCGGGGUUGGAAGGAAGUGACCUCGCUGUUCAGUAACGACGAUGAACAACACCUCCUGGGAACAUGCAGGUCUCCCAAGGCCAGGGGAACCAGCUUGCGGUUAAAGGAAGAGUUGAAGAUGGAGAAGAAAUCUGGAUUUUGGGACAAUUUGGUUUUAAAGCAGAAUUUACAGCCUAAGAAGCCAGAUGAGAUCGAAGGUUGGGAGCCUCCCAAACUUGCCCUUGAAGAUGUGGCGGCUGAGUCGGGUGAUGGCCCGAGUGUCCGAGGGCCCCGGCCGGGCUGGGAGGAAGGGGCCAAGGGUUCUGGCAAGUACACCAGCCUGGCUGGCCCGGGAAGCAGCUCGCGCUGGAGCCUGAAGUCCGCAGGGAAGCUGGUCAGCAUCCGGCGCCAGAGCCGUGGCGGCCACCUGACGGAUACCUGGGAGGAGCUGGAGUGACGUGAGCCGUGCCAUCCAAGCGUCUCCCUGCCGCCGCUGCCUGGAUAUGCUGCUUCGCGAUGCACUGUGCCCCGAUCCUUAGGUUUGCUGCGCCAGGGUGUCCUUGUUAGUCUGCCGGUCUUUCCCCGAUUAGACAGCAGAGUCCCCUCUGCCCGUGUCCCUGUUUGGACUUCCCUCUAGCACGCUGGGUGACGAUUUCCAAACCUCUUGACCGCGGGGUCACCGCUGGCUUGCUGCUGCUGUCCUGGGCGUCCCGGGAGCCCGACCCGCAGAUGCGGGUGUUGAUGCUGCCCUGGGGCUGCUGAGUGUGGUGCGCCACCUUCCCCAGCUGCAGCCCUCGGCUCUGCGGCCGGGGGGCUCCGUGGCUUGUUCAGCACAGCACACCGGACAGAGCAGCUGUGGCAGACGGGCUGUCCAGGUGCCCAGUGAGCCCCGCAGAGGCCGCAUCCUGACCUGGCGUCUGCCCUGGGAAAUCAGACUUGUUCUCACAACACAGUUAAAGCUGGGAAAGCAAACCACGUUCCCGAGAAGCGGAGGGGGUGUCUGGUCAAGUACCAGACGCUGCUGCACAGAGGCCCUCCCUCCGCAGCAGUGCGGACGGCGCUGCUGCCCUUCAGGUGUUAUUUUUACUGCUGGAAUUUUACAUAUUGAUCUUUAUUUUCUUCUACAAGUUUGUUCUUUUUCGAUUACAGAUUAAAAAAACACUGUAGAGUGUGGAUCAGUUUUCGUAAGUUGAUUAGUACUGUGACUUUGUGUGGACUCACUCACCAUAGAGUUAAAACUGCAUAUAAAACACUGGAAGUGCCUCUUUUCUGUGAUGCCCAGGCUUCGCUUUGAAAACGAGAUGUGCUGUGGCUGCUGCCAAGUCGGGUGGCGACCCCAGCUCGGGCCCCCAGGCUCUGCUCCCGGGGCAAGGCCACGGGCCUGGCUCGGGCUGGCGUGGAAGGAGAGGUUCCGUUCUCUGGUCACACUGUGUUCCCCGCGUGAGAAACACCGGGUGCACCGUGGUGCUGCCACACGUCACCGCGUGUUUGUCUCACUCUUGCUGAAUGAGCCCGCACGCUGGCGGCUGGACACCCGGUGGGUCGGUGUGUCCGUCUGUUGUCUGUCAUCCACAGACCUCCAGCCUCCGGGGUGCGUGCACGUUGUCCCUCAAGCGUGUCUGCGGACCCCGUCAGUCACCCGUCUCUCUGGCUCCUGUCAGCCAUCUGUUCACCCAUCCACGUCCUCUCAAAGGAACACAUAUUUGAGUGUGGGGCCAGGCGCGUGGGUCAGGCGGCGUCGGAGCUGUGACGCGGUGGGGUCCAGACUCUCCUUGCCCCAGGUGAACGGCCCUGCACGUCCCCAAGAAAUGUGCCCUGGGCAUCGACACACCUGAGCCCAAGGCCCGUGUGUUGGGGACGGACACCGUCCGGGCUCCGGGGCUUUGCGGCCCAGUGAGCAGCUGCCGUGGUCGUGCCGCAGGGACGCCCAUCGGGCAGCUCAGGGUGUGGUUUCUCAGGGGAGCACAGCUGGGGUGGGGCUGGGACGUGCACUGUACCUCACUGCUUCGUGUCUUCAAAGGUGAUGUGAACGCGUUUUCCUCUCUGGCAUCCGGUGAAAUGAGAACGGCGGGCUGUGGGCUCUGAUGCAAAUGCUCACUGGGGUGACUCGGGAGGAGCGUCGUUACCCAGCGGCUCUCUGUUCACAGGGUCAGAAGAGGUUUGAUCUGGGGGCUGUGCUCGAAGUCUGUGUGCAGACGGUGCCGCCGUGUGAGGAGCGAGGUGUCUGCUCCUCCUCCUGAUGUCCCUUCGUCUCGUAACGUGGGAGGGCUUCUGUCGAUGUGAAGUCAUCCUUAACGCUAGAUUUUUUAAAAUAAAACUACUGUUCACACUCUCGCUGUCGGUCGCCUGGUUGCUGGCCCCCCGGGGAAGGUCCACACUCAUGGCUGCAGCCCAGGAGCCCGUGCACUUUCCCGGACA